AUGUCGUCGGUUCUUCGGAGAGCAUCGUCCACCGUAUCCUCACAUAACUUUGAACAGAGUGCAGGUAGCCACAGCCACCCUCGAGUCGAGGAUGCCUCACAUAGCGCAGACACAUGCAAUGCUGUUCCUCCUGUCAUUGCUGGACGCAAAUGGCUACGGUCUCCUGCGAGAGUAUCGCCCACCGCGGGUGGUCUCCAACUGCAGCUUCCCCAAACUAUCAAGGAAGCUUUACGUCGCACGCCUAUGUCCCUCGAAGCCUCUGGAUGUACAACUGACACCAGGGCGUACGAGCAUAAUGUUGUGACCCAGAGCAAGACUGUAAAGGUACAGCUGUUCGAUACGGCUAGUCUUGAUGAGGGUUCUCAGGGCACAGUCCCCGCUACGCAAGCUGAGAGAAAUCUGAAGAAUCUCCUUCGAAGUCUUGGCACAAAGGACGCCAGGGCACUCUGGCGCAACUAUAAGUUACUGCACUCCAAAGUGAGGGGGAAAGCGCUCAUUGUCCUUGUCGUCACAGCUCUAGAAGACCGAGAACCAGAAAUGGAAGAUUGGUGA